UCUAUAUUCGUUGGUAUCAGGUAUGGCAUUGUUGGACUGUUACCGGUUGCGCGCUUGAAAAUUUCUUCGUAUUUUGAACGGCCUAUUUUCGUCACUACUAUACUAAUUUAGAUAAAAUAUUAUUAACUAUAUCAGUAAUCAUCAAUAAUAUAGUCAUCUUUAAGAUAGUAAUUCAAUUCAGAAUCAUUAAAGUAUGUAUGCAACAAACUUAUUUAAUAUAAACAAUAAAACAUUUUAAUUAUAUAUCAAGGUUCUUCUUGGCUCACUUCUUUUUACAAAAGAGUGUGCAGUGUCCCUUUUUACAAAAGAGCGUAUAUGCGAAAUAAAAUCUAGUGUACGAAAAACAGCACCCGAUUUUCCAGAAAAUUUUCGCUGUUUCGCAUAUGUUAUAGAAGUCUUUUCGCGUGUGUUAAAACCAUCAUAUGUAGGUACAUACAAGUACGUAAAAUGCGCUACUAUAUACUAUUUACAAAAAAAAUGAAGUAAACAGCAAGAGAGCAAAACACCAGGUGAUUGCAGCACAAGUUCUACUCAUUGCCAAUAAAAUAAGAAGAAGAAGAAGCAAAAGAGCAGCUGAAUUAGAACGCGUCAAAAAUACAAUGAUCUAUAAGAACCUAGUAUCAUCAAUCAUUAAAUGCUUGAAGCAAUUGAUGGAACAAGAUAAUCUUGCAGCAGAUGCUCGUGAAAGUUUAGAAGUAUCAAUACAGUGCUUAGAAAGCGCAUAUGGUGUUCAAGGAUCAGAUGCCAAUGAAAAUUUUGAUAUAUUAAGUAUUUAUAAAACGCAACAAUGUAAUAAUACACCAUUUGAAGCAACGCCAGACGCUAAAGCCGAAGCUGAAAGACUAAAAAAUGAGGGUAACGCUUUAAUGAAAAAUGAAAAAUAUCACGAAGCCCUCGCAAAUUAUUCAAAAGCUAUUGAAUUGGACAGUCAAAAUGCAGUUUACUACUGCAACAGAGCAGCAGUAUACAGCAAAAUUGGGAACCAUCACCAUGCGAUAAAAGACUGCAAUACCGCUUUAGAAUUUGACCCUUCCUACAGUAAAGCAUAUGGCAGACUGGGCUUAGCUUAUACAAGCUUAAAUAAAUAUAAGGAAGCAAAAGAAAAUUAUAGAAAAGCUUUAGAAUUAGAACCUGAUAAUGAGAGUCUCAAAAAUAACUUGCAAAUUGCUGAAGAAAAACUGAUUCAGAAUAGUAACGAAUCGGCAUUAGAUGGCCAUGCGCCUUCUAAUAAUUCUAAUAUGGAUCUCAGUUCACUAUUGAGCAACCCGGCUUUGAUGAACAUGGCAAGGCAAAUGUUAUCUGAUCCAACCAUGCAAAAUAUGAUGAGUAAUUUAAUGAGUGGAAAUGUCGAACAAGGUGGAAGAAUGGAUGCUCUAAUAGAAGCGGGACAGCAGCUUGCUCAACAAAUGCAAAGUGCAAAUCCAGAUUUGAUUGAUUCACUUCGACGUCAAAUGGGUAGAAAUCCAAAUGAGGCAGAGUCUUCUGAGAAAUAAAAUUUGAAUUUAAAAAAUUACUUAAUACAUUAUUUGCGAUGUUAUAUUUUUAAUUUUUUACUAAAAUAAAAAUAUAUUGAUCUUUUUGUUCUAAACGAUAAAAAUGUUGAUAUGUAUUUGUUAUUCGCUAUAUUCUUCGUAUUGGGUCUUCAAAAAAACAUCUGAUUCAUUAAAGAAAUUUUCUGUUAGACUUA